CCCCCCAAAUUCCCGUUCCAGGAUGGCCGACGGCCACGGCUGGUGGAAGCUGACGUUCCUGAGGAAGCGCCAGGCAGCGCCCACGGUGCUCUACGAGACCCCCGACGGCCCCGCGGCCCCCGGGGGGGACCCCCAGGAGGGCACCGGCCCCGAGGGACCCCCCGGCUUCGCCGCCCGCCUGGAGAAGCUCGUGGACAAGAGCACCAAGGGGAAGCACGUCAAGGUCUCCCACUCGGGGCGCUUCAAGGAGAAGAAGAAAGUGAGGGCGACGCUGGCAGAGCACCCGAACCUCUGCGGGGCCGCCGAGAGGGAGGAGAAGUGACCCGGCGGGAUGUCACCCUCCGGCCACCCCGGGAAUGCCGAUCCACGCGGCCCCGGGAGGAGAGAGGACUCGGGAGGGGGUUUAUCCCAGGGAUAAUCAAGGACCUGGGAU